GAUGGGGGUGUAUUAGAAGCAGCUGAAGCAGCAGAACAGAAGUUAUCCCAGCAGAGAACAGAGAGGAGCUCAGCAUUAGAUUAUUUGGGACCGGAUCAGAUUAUUCUCAGCACCCCUGUCCUGUCUUCUGAACCCUGUCCUGUCUUCUUCAGAGCUGGACAUGCAGCGGCGGGACCACCGGAGACCCCGGAGCGCGGCGUAUCGGAGGAGUUCUGAGGACUGGGCAUGAAUUCUGCUCCUCUCCGGGAUCUCUCUCUCCAGCUGAGCUCUUAUUUACUAUCACCGGACCCAACGUUUCUUCAACAUGGACGUUAAUCAGUUAAAACUGCUCCAGUGUUUUGCUGUGGGUUUUUUUGUGAACAUCUUGAUGAUGAGUGCACUAUCAGCAACAGAGGACAUCAGGCCUACAUUCACUCACAGGCCACACAUUCUGGAGUGUAAUAAGUCUGUUCUUCAGCUGGAGAUGGAGAAGUGUGGAGAACGCUUUAAGACUGAUAUGGACGAGGUGGACCCUCAGAACUGGUGCAACUUGACAUAUUUUAUUAGUCAGUACCACUUCUUCUCAGCCUGCACGGAGCAAAACGCUGAGCGGAUCGGCUGCUUCUGGCCCAACCCGGUGGUGGAGCACUAUAUCAUCAAUAUCCACAAACAGUUCUUUUCCAACUGCACCGUGAAAUCUGUGGUCUGGGGUGAUCCGUCAGAAGAUACCGUCACUGUCCUUAUUCUUAUUCCAGUCUUCCUCACACUGGCCAUGGUGGCACUGGUAGUAUGGUGCAGUAAGAGAAGUGAUAUCCUGGCUUAGCGCUGAAGAGAAAGUCCCAGAGGAGAGGUGAUGAUCAGAGGACGCAUGGAUGUAUUUCAGCAGGAGUGUUAACCUUGCUUUGAUUCAGGACGUUCACAAAUGCACUGGAGGACAGUUUUGGUGGAGGACCUGAUGAGCCCUUGAGGACACCUUCUACUAAGACUAUUGGGAGCCCCUGUUCUCACUGAGCUCAUCAUUUAAACACAUCAUUUGAGAAACUCUGCCUAUUGGGACUAUGGGACUAUGUCCAAAAGUAAUGCAGUUAAAAAAACUGCUACAGUGGAUUUCAGAAAAAGUGUAAAAAAGACUUUUUUCACUUUUUCACCGAACAGUGAAUUUUUAGAGACAGAAUGUGCCACUCAAACAUUAAGAGUGUCUUUCUUCAGGAGUUCUCUGUUCUGACGUCUUUGUUGAUUGUGUCUGUUGAUGUUCCACUGAAGGACUGCAGUCUGCUCCAGUUAAUUAUGAGAUGUACAUUUUAAUCACUGUUAUGAGUCGUCACAAAUUUGUAGAUAAAGUAGAUAUUUUAGAAGUUGAUAUUUUACUAUUAAUGAUUCACUGUAUAAUGCCAAAUACUGCAAUAUGAUGUUUUAAUCACACUGACAUGUCAUGAAAUGGCAGUAUUAAAAAGUGUUAUCUUUUAGGAGAUGGCUUGGGAACUCCCAUAUCUGUACAAAAACUCACAAAAACUCCCAUAUCUCAUCUGUGAAUGAGAGUAAACACUGACCAUCAUGCGUAUGGCAAGAUAAUAUGAAUUAUCAGAUGAUAUGAAUUAUCAGAAUUAUUAGGAGUAAGGUCAGAUUGUGGGAUGUGCCACUAAACCCUAGUUUUAUUAUAAAUAUCUGAAAUGUGUUCCUUUGCAUAAUGAAACAUACCAGACCUGCUUAACAUUUUUUUUAAACCUUUCCUAACCUUUAAAAAAGCUUUUCCCUGUGGUCAUACCCACCUUUGCAGCGCCCUCUCAGGUUCAGAUGUGCUAUAGUCGAGGAUGAUGUUGAUUUUUCCAUGUACUUUGGUAUGUGGACACAUCACAAUAUGCAGAUCAAUCGAUCAAUAAUACCGCCCAACCAUCUGCGUCUCACCUCUAUCAGAGGCACACUGCUCAGCCCAAUCAGCUCUCCCUCCUGCCCCGCCUCUAAACCUACAUCACCCAAUGCCCCUCCCAAUCUGUCCCUCUCAUUUUCUAACCUUUUUCAAAUUUGAGGUGAGGGUGGAGUCAGCAAAAAGCAUGGGUUUUACUAGCCCUUUAAGUGCAGACAUAAACAUUCCUCCAUCCACACUGAUCAUGACUGGUGGGAUCUGGCUAGAACUCAGUUCUUGUCAGUUCAAACAGACAAGCAGCAGAACUCGCAUGUAUAUCCCACAGGGCAGUGUAGCAUUCAUUAGCUUCUGUGGGACAUGGCAAAAGUUAUGUAACUCAAUACUAGUUCCUGUCCCAUGGGUUCAGUGGACAUUUGAACCAAAUGUGAAAACUAAGCCUUUAAAGUAUAGCAUACCGUUAUAAGUUCAAUGUUCAGUGUGGUGAACUGUCUUGUAUAUAAUGUAUAUAUAUAACUGUGUUGUUUAAAAAGCACUAUAUGAGCAGGGACUUUGGAUUAAAUGUAAAAAAAACCUGACAAAUCUAAAAAAUUAGAAUAGCUCGUUUUAAUAAAAUAAAUUAAAGAAAAAGUCAUUAGAUGUUUUGCAGUCAGCACACAGCAAAAACGAAAAUGGUCAGAAACCAAACUAUCAAAAUACUGACAGGGAAUUGCCAUAAUGUGGGAUACUCAAAAUCUGUUUGUACAUUUUCUUUAAAUAAACGAAACAAAAAGAACAACAAAAACUAUGGGUUCAUUUAAUAUUCCAGGUAUUACAGUCUGUUACUCAAAUGUCCAAUCACAGACCACCAUGCUCCUCAUGGAAAGAUCACCUAAAAGUCAGUGACAUAGCAUUUAUCCAAAAUGUAUGUAAGAGGUAUGUAUUUCUUAUGUAUAAAACAGUCCUGCUAUUUUUUAUGAUUUGUUCAUGUUUGUUAUCACCAUAUUUAGAUUAGAGACAUCUGUCCAUCUGAUGUUUCACAGUCAUUCAUAUCUAUUACAAACCUGGAUACUUAUGGAACCAAGAAGGCAUUCUUUAAAAACAAUACAUUCUUCAUUAAAAACAAUACAUUUAAAGCACCUUUUUCAAAAGUGUACAAUAAUGGUUAUUUAGACAUCUGACACAAACUCAGCAAUGGGAAUGGAAAAAGGUUUUUGUCAAAAAGCAACACUGUAAAUUAAAGAGCUGAUUAUACUGUCCUUUGUCUUUAUCUACUACAGCACUAAAGGCUCAGUAGCCUGAAAGUGUUUAGUGAAACUGUGCAACACUGUAACAGGUAACAAUAUAAUGAUAAUAAAAGUUUCACUCAAAUUGAAAAGUCAUUAACCACGAAUUUCUCCAAAACGCCAAAAAUAUACAUUUAAUUUCUGAAACCUUCUGAACCUUAAAUAGAAGUCUUAUUAUAAGUAAUUAAGGAACAUUUCUCGUUCCGUUCAUCAUUUAAAUUUGUCAAAAUGUAAAGAACAACUGCUGUAUUCAUAAUAAAACAUAUAACGUGAUGAAAUGUAUCAAACAUAUUUGAGUCCAUUAUGAAAUGUAACAUUUGCUUUAACACUGAAAGUAGCAACAUUGCCUAACAUGGAAUCACCUAUUUAUCUUUGAGUAUUACUGACCUAGGAGGUUUUUAUUUAUAUGACUGUGAGUAUGUGAUUUAAGCUUUUUAGCAUGUGUCUCAGAGUGGGAAUAGAGCUGUUCCACACUGGAAAAUGCAGACUGUCUGAGACCAAUUGGCACGAAAAGUACUGAAUCACUAUACAAUCUUUCCUCCAGUACUUCGUUUUGGGAUGAAUUGGUGAGUUGAUGGAUUAGGGGUGAUAACCCUGACUGAACUGAUGCCCUUGUUACUAAUAUUUAUAUCACUGAGUGCAAGUAAAUCCUCACAACAAUCCAAAGUAUAGUAGUAAUUCUUCUCUGGACAGUAGAGACAGUUAUUCCAACAAAAGCAGGACACAUUUUUUUUUUACAACAAAUGUCCAAAAAUGUCUAUUGAAUUAUUUUAAAUAUUGCUUUCAGACAAAAUUAGCAAUGGAAAUAGAACAAUGUGUUUGUCAAACAGCAACACUAUGUAAAUUGAAGGGCUGAUUAUACUGUCCUUUGACUUUUAUCUGUUACAGCACUAAAGACUAAGUAGCCUAAAAGUGUUUAGUGAAACCGUGCAACACUGUAACAGGUAACAAUAUAAUGACGAUGAAGUUUUGUGUCACUGAGUGCAAUCAAAUCCUCACAACAAUGCUCCAAAAUAUAUAAGUAAUUCUUCUCUGGACGGUAGAGACAGUUAUUCCAACAAAAGCAGGAUACAUUUUUUUUUUUGAACAAUAAAUGUCCAAAAAGUGAAAAAUUUUCUUUCUCUCCUACUUUAAUUUGGACACAUGCUAAAGAUUUCAGAGUGGUACUUUGUGUGGAUCAAAUGUAUUGACUUACUGAUAAUGCAAUAUAUUUAAGAAAUGUGAAUUGCCCAAAAAGUCCCACAUUAGGUUAAUGCAAUAAAUAUAUUUAACUCCAGUCAUUGAACCGACCCCUUGCCUUUGUAAGACAAUUGUACUGUGUGUUUUGGAUUCUGAGCCCGGCGUUUAUUUCAGGAUAAACAAAUUAAAAUGACACAGGAGGCAUUAUUUAUAUGACUGGGAAAGGCCUUGCAUUGUGAUUGGCUUAAAGAUACAAACUGAGGACAAUGAGGCUCUGAAAUGUCUUGCUUCAUGCCCUCAAGGCUUGCCAUGAGGCAGUGGUCCUUCAAGUUAGAAUCCAGGAAGGAAAUAAAACUCGUUCCCAUCGUGGACAAAGAAUUAGAGGAAAUGGGCUGGCUAUGAUUUUUACCAAACGAGUCACAGGAACUGUGGAGAGGGCCGUUUUUUCUGAAAUGUGCAUUGUGUUGGCUAGGGCUGCACUACUGUUGGCACUAUUAAGAGAACUAAUAUGUUAUAUGAGACAUAACCUUUUAUGUGUGAAUUAAGGAUAUAGCCUGAAUAUACUAUUGUGUACACUGUAUCUUUUAUUGUGUAAAGUUACGAGUUUCACCUUGGACGUUUAUGUCUGAAAUGUACUGGAGUCUGUCUAAGAAGAGUUUUGUAGUAAAUUUUAUUUUUAACCUUU